AGAGAGAACGACAUGUACUUGCCCUGGAAGAUGAUGUCAUAUUGAAGGAUUUUGUUGUCUGAAGAUAAUAUUGUCUAAUGACAAUUAUUAAUUGCCCAAUAGUUGUCUUCAUUUCAGCCGCGAUGAGCGAUGGAGAGAGAGAGAGAGAGGAACAGCUGUGGUAGAGAGACAGUGAAGGGAGGAGGAUCUCAGUGAGAGUCAGAUGCUGCACCAGGCAGGAGCAGACAGAAGUUAGCCGUAGACAACGUUGGAAAAAGAGGAUGGCCAGUGUAAAGGAAUAUGUCUAAAAGAAAUAUGAAGGAAUAUCUUUGUAUGCUCUGACAACUGACUUUAUUACAGAUCAGAAUGGGAAAUACAGAUAGUCAGUAUAGCAAUUUCAUCAUCCCUGGUAAGGGAAAAUCUAGCUCCUCGAAGCUGCACACCUCAAAAGAGGAGGCACUUUCCCCACAUUCUUGGUGGAGGAGCACUGAAAGCACCUCUGGAUACAAGGCCAAAAAUGGAUUUUCACCACACAAGAACAGCCAACCUUACAUCUCCCGCCAUUAUGACUGCAUUAAAGGGGGAUCUAGUGACAAAGUACAUUCAGAGAGACACAGAGACAAUGACAACCUUUUAUUCCAGGGAAAUGGAUUCUUUGUAGGCUACAGACAACAGACUGGAGGCCUCCAGGCCCCUAUGAAGAGCACCAGUUCUGAGAUUAAAGACAGUAAGAGCAGUCCCAAAGUUAUUUUUCGUGAGGAUGGAAGUCUGAGGGUAGAGUUUACCAAUGCACGGAGGGAGCCGGAUGUUGCGCUGUCUUUGGGCAGCUGUCCCAGUGUACCUGUUGAUGCUACCCAAAGGGCCAGUAAUGGGAGCUCUCUUAGCUCUGAGGGUUCAUGGUAUGACUCACCCUGGGGGAAUGGGACAGAAGAUCUGUGUGAUAACGUCUUCACCACCGGCCAACCUUCGGACAACAGUAGUGGAUAUACCACACUCUCAUCCACACGUACUGUAGAUUUUGGAUGUUUUAAUGGUUACAAUACAGAACAAUCUGAGAACCAUAUGGGUAACCUCACCUGCCAAGCCACAGUUCAUGGCAGUCAGUAUGCAAGCAGUGAUUGCAAUAGUAAUGGGUACAAUGCUAACCGAGCUGAGGAAGACAGUGGUAUUGGAGACUCUGUGUUCCUUCAUUUGGAACAUAAUGGAUUAUCCGACCUUUACACAAACCCCAACAUGACUGUGCCAUUCCCUACCGUGGGCAUCCUAGCAGUGGAUCAGCUUGAGGACACUCCUCACCUCCAAACCUCACCGACUGCUUCUCUGGAUGUGAACUCCCAGGAUGAGAGUCAGAAAACCCAGAAUUACACCUCACAAUCCCUGCCAUGCAGAAAAGCAGUUCCUGAUGGGAAUGCAAGGAAGGACUCGCUCAAGAGUCGCAUCCGCCGCCUCAGCGAUUGGACAGGAAGUCUAAGAAGGAAGAAGCGAAGGCUGCAGGAACCAAGUACUCUGGACUUUACAGAGGUCAUCAGCUGUGGAGCUGGGGGCACACUAGAGGAAUCCAGACCAUUUUGGAAUCCCAUGUCCUCCCAGACACAGCUGGACUGCUCUGGUUCCUCAACGGGCCCAUUUGGGCUGCAGAACCAGGGUGUGGCCUUGAGGCAGAACAUCUAUGAUAACUUUAUGCAGGGCCUAGAGACUGGCAGCAGCAGUGGAACUGCUGCUGGACUCCAGGUCUGGGAUGGUGAAGGAGAAAGCAGCAGUGGCUCAAUGGGCUCUUUGGAGCAAAUGGACUUCCUGUUUCAGAAGGAGCAAGGUGUUGUGCGGAGGGCUGGUUGGUUGGCUUUUAAGACCCUCAUUACCCUCCACAAGGACCGCAAACUGGAGCUGGUAGCAAGACGCAAGUGGAGGCAGUAUUGGGUCACGCUCAAAGGCAGUACACUUUUGUUGGGUGAAUCCAAUGGAAAGACCUCCCCUGAGCAGGAAUGCACACCACAUUACGCAGUGCUUGCCGAGGACAGUAUUGUGCAGGCAGUUCCUGAGCAUCCCAAGAAAGAGCAUGUCUUCUGCCUCAGCAAUGCCUAUGGAGAUGUCUAUCUCUUUCAGGCUGCUAAUCAAACAGACCUGGAGAACUGGGUGACGGCCAUCCAUUCUGCCAGUGCAUCACAUUUAGCUAAGCGUCAGGGGAAGGAGGACACUCUGCGUUUGCUGAAGAGCCAGAGCAGAGCUCUUCUGCAGAAGAUCGACAUGGAUGGCAAAAUGAAGAAGAUGGCAGAGCUGCAGCUGUCCGUCAUCAGCGACCAGAAGAACAGGAAGGCUAUUGAGAGCCAGAUCCUGCAAUGGGAACAGAACCUGGAGAAGUUUAACAUAGAGCUCUUCCGCAUGCGCUGUUACCUGGCUAGCCUGCAGGGCACAGAGCUGCCCAAUCCAAAAAGCCUGCUAGCCACUGCUGGACGCCCGUCUAAAAUGGUGCUAGGUCGUCUGGGAAUUUUCUCUGUCUCGUCCUUUCAUGCACUGAUAUGCACUCGUGAUGAAGCCACCCUGAAGAGACGAUCUCGCUCUCAUCCUCGAGGUAUGCGGAACAAACGAGGACUGCUCUUUUCUUCACAGAAGGGAUUAGACAGUCUGACCAAACGUAACCAUGAAAAGAGACAGUCCCUGUCCCAGAUUUUUGAAGGAUAUUCCUCUGGAUCGUUUGGUCAUCCAUCCACACAAAGCAGCUCAGACCAUAAUGCAACAAGUGAAAAUCACAUCUUCUGUGAGCCACUGUGGGAGAAAAAGAAGUUGGAUGCCUUUACCAAAAUGCAUGUAACAGCGCCUCCUGAAGGUAACCCGUGGGACUGCAGUCUGGAAAGCCGGGUGUACGUGCUCAUGCCCGACAGUCAGGUCGUCAGUGUACCAGUCAAACAGGACUCUCUGGUUGCUGAUGUUCUCUCAUUGGCCUGCAAGGCAAAGCAGCUUGACCCAGCUCUGCACUGCCUGCACACGAGGAGACAUUUGGGACAAGAUGUGGAGAGAAGUACUUCAGUGCCCACAGACCAGCUGAGGACCCUGGUCUAUGAUGAACUGGAAGUUUGGCCUCUCAAUGUGUUGACCAUAAACAUGUCCCGGCCGGACACAACCGUAGACUUUGGUUUUGCAGUCACAGGUCAUGUGGAUGGUGCCAGGAGAAGUCAUGUGUAUGUGAGCGAGGUGAAUCCUGAAGGCCUGGCGUUUAUUAGAGGUCUGAAAGCUGGAGAUGAGAUCUUGACUCUUAAUGGUGUGAGUGUGGCCUCUCUUGACCUCGGCCUCAUGCAGAACUUCUUCAGCCAACAAGAGCUCCGUCUCAUCCUCAGACGCGAGGAUAACAGCGCAGACGACCAAAGCUCCGUCUGGCCAGACUGUGACCCCAGUGAACCUGAUCAUCCCCAACCUCCUCAGGGCGACAUCAUUCACCUGGAGCAGUGGACCACAGAUCCAGCUCAAGAGCAGGAAUUUCCCGAGGGCUCCGCGACGCCUGCUUUGGAGGAGCUGAACGAUAAGGCCGAACGGGGCGGAAAGAACUCAGAGACGGUGUGUAAUUUCUACCAGACGUUCCCUGAAGGCUCCGUUCUUGUGCCGGAGGGCCACAGGAACCCUUACUCCACUGAAAAUGCCCAUGCCAGAUCCUCUCCCCGUCACAUGUCCGUCACAGAGCGCCUGCACAUGGUCAUUCAAGAGCUGGUGGACACAGAGAAAUCUUAUGUCAAGGACCUUGGAUCUCUGUUUGAGAUCUAUCUGAAGCCAUUACAAAGAGAAACCUUCCUCAGUCAUGAUGAGAUGGAGUCUCUGUUCGGCAGCCUGCCAGAGAUGCUGGACUUCCAGAGGGUUUUCCUACAAACCCUAGAGGAGAGGACAACUUCCUCACCAGACUACCAUGCACUAGAGACUCCAGAGAAACUCAAGAAACUCCUCUUCUCCCUGGGUGGCUCUUUCUUAUACUAUGCAGAUCACUUCAAGCUUUACAGCGGCUUCUGUGCCAAUCACAUUAAAGUGCAGAAAGUUCUCAAAAGAGCAAAAACAGACUGGGCAUUCAAAGAGUUCCUGGAGGCGAGAAACCCCACCAAACAGCACUCGUCCACCCUGGAGUCGUACCUCAUUAAACCCGUGCAGAGAGUUCUGAAGUACCCGCUGCUGUUGAGGGAGCUGGUGUCUCUCACCGACCCCGAGAGCGACGAGCACAGCCACCUCACAGAGGCAUUAAAGGCCAUGGAGAAGGUGGCCAGUCACAUAAAUGAGAUGCAGAAGAUCUACGAGGACUACGGCACAGUGUUCGAUCAACUAGUAGCAGAGCAGAGUGGCCCUGAGAAGGAGGUCACGGAGAUCUCCAUGGGAGAGUUCAUCAUUCACAGCUCAGCACUCUGGCAAAACCCUCUGCCCUCUUUGGGCCGCAUGAGAAAAGACCCCGAACUCACCCUCUUCCUCUUCAAGAGUGCACUCAUUUUGGUGUAUCGGGAAAGCAAGUUAAAGAAAAGAAUGACGUCUUCACGACCCGGGGAUCUGGAUCCUUUUAAAUUCCGCUGGCUCAUUCCUGUUUCAUCCCUUCAGGUCCGACCUGGAAAUUCAGCAGGGUCAGAGAACCCCUGUGUUUGGGAGGUUGUUCACACAAAAUCUGAAGUGGAGGGACGACCAGAGAUGUCCUUUCAGCUUUGCAGCAGUAAUCUGGAGAACAAGGCUAAUGCGGUGAGGGCCAUCCGCACUCUUUUGAGAGAGAACGCCAAGCGGACGGCUCCAGCUGAGCGACGAUUCAAAGAUCUAAAUUCGAACUUCACCUUCCCCAGGAGAAGCCACCCAGGAGCGCUUAGAACAAACUCCUGGCAGCGGCUGCCGCCACAGUCAGAUGGGCCACAAACCUUAGACUCAGAUGAGGGCAGACUGCUUGACGGAUACGCUCACUCCGAACCUCCCCUCAGGCCCUCCAGAGGCCAGAGCUCUACUCAGAGCAAGAGAUCCACGUUGUGCUCCCUGACCAGCGCUUUGGAAGCUCAACUCCAGAGACUGAACUUUGUGGAGGAGCCACAGGGAAUGAGUGAGAGCAGUACCAGCAGCCUUCAGGGCAGUCAGGUGACUCUGCUGGACGACACUCCAGGUCUGGACCUCAACACCCUGCUGGCCAGGGACUACAGCGUGCAGAGUUUUGGUUCGGUAGUUAACGAGGAUUGUUUUUACGACACGGUCAUGGGCAUCCAAAAAGCUGCCAUCCCCACCCUGUAGAGGAAGUUGGCGCUAUAAAGAUUAAAUGCACUAAAACAUGAUUAUCGUGCCUUGAUGUGAACAGCUUUUACACAGCCAGUUUUAUAUCUGUAGCACAAAAUCUAGUGAGCUGCCUACCUGGAUGCCAGUUUACAAGAUAAUAGGCAAAUAUUGUAGGUAUGCUGCCUUCUAAGGCACCUUGCUUUGCUCAGGUUCGAAGGCAGUAUCACGUAUUCUUAUCAGAAAUUAUCCAAGAUGACAGAGUUAAAAAGAAAUUGACUAUAAAUAUACUAAUUAAAUA